AUGAACACGAAUCAGUCCAACUUGAACGCAGAUUUAUCCGAUGAUAUCAAUAUAGAACACACGUUGCACCGACUGCUCACUCAGGCAAAUGAUCAUUUUGACGAUACAGUAAAGAUUGAUGGACAGAGCUUAGACCUAGAAAAGGAUCUCGAACAAGUAAUGAUGGAUAACUUGGGCUGUACCGAUAUUUUCGAUUCGGAUAUAGUUUCCCAGAAGCAUUUAACAUUGGACUCUCUAUUCCAUGAUGAACACAACACCGAUUCGGAUACUCUUUUGGAGAUGCAGAAAAGCGCUAACGAUAGUCUCGUUGGGAUAGACCUUGAUAGGCAUGAUUGUGGAGAUGAUUCUACCAGUAAGGCGUCAUCACAUAACAAUACGAAUCAAAAUACAGUACACAAAACCGAUAGAGAAGGGAAAACAUAUAAGAUAGACAAGCCUGCCAUCAAAAAGAAGAAAAUACCAUUGAAAAUCACAAAUGAGACCAUGUUAUCGCCUGCAUCCCUAUCUCCUUCGUCUUCUUUAGCUUCAUCCGAUACCAAUGAAUCUCACUUGAAAAUUGAGUCCAUGAUAACUGAUAUAACAUCUAAAAUAGACUCAGCAAGACAAGAUAUUGUCUCUGCAACAAAGCCUGCAAAACUUACAAAUGAAUUUACAAUGAAUCAAAUAUCUGAAAUGAAGGCAAGGAUAAUUAAUACGCAUAAAUUACUGCUCAAUUUCAAUUUCAUCAAGGAAGGUUACGCUAGAUCUUGCAUUCAAUUGAAGAAAACUAUGGACUCUUUAAAGGAUAGCGAAAUUCAUAGAGCACAUUUGUUGGUCGAAAAUGAUGACUUGAAGCAACAAAUCCUAGAACUUACUCAAACGCUCAAUGAGAAAAAAUCCGAGAAAAUAUAA